UGUGGCUGAAGCCCUUGUUGCAGAACAUCUCGCUGGCCUGGGCAGGCUGUUCCCUUAUGCACCCACAAGGACCUCUCCUCCAGAGGUGCACAGAUGUCCACAUCCUGUUUCAGUGAGAUCUGCUGGGUUGCUCAGAGGUCAUCAGUUAGGGACCUUGUCAAGUUUAGAUUAGCAAGAGGCUGUGUGCCAGUUGCAAUGCCCCUGUGUUCCUAGCAGCCCCCAGCCUUUCCCAGGAGUAAGGGGGUAAGUGGGGAAACUAUGUAGAGGUAAUGCGACCCAAAGGUUGAAGAAAGAUAAAGUAAAAUUGGCCAAGACUGAACUAUCGCUGGGGGCUGAACUGCCUCUGGGGGCGGGAUGAACAGAACUGAGAAAAGCAAUGGCUGAACAAAGAGAACUGUAGCCUGUGGGUCCCUGGGCAGGUGGGAAUCCUGACUGAAGUCUAAGGUUGGGAGGAGUAGAGAAUACAGAUGGAAAGGCAAGAGGCACCCAAGACUCCAAGAUGAGCUCUGCUGUAGCUGGCACAUUCUAGAGAUGGCUGGUUGGGUUGGGUGUAAUUCAAUACACACCAACUACCCAGAUAGUUCUAGGAGAUUAUGAAGAAUAAUGGCAUCAUGGAGCUUGGAGUCUAAAAGCACAAGUAUCUAGGAAAACCGUGGAAUCACUGAAGUUGUAGACCCAAUGUGAAGAAACGCCUAGAGAUGCCCCUCCCCCAAUCUGAGAACUACUUGGUCCUAAUGUCUGACCAUGGAGAUGUCAGCCUCCCACCCCAAGAUCGGGUGAGGAUUUUGUCCCAACUUGGGAGUGCAAUUGAAUUAAAUGAAGACAUUCCACCCCGUCGCUACUUCCGCUCUGGAGUUGAGAUCAUCCGUAUGGCAUCAGUUUACUCUGAAGAAGGCAACAUUGAACAUGCCUUCAUCCUCUACAACAAGUACAUCACACUCUUCAUUGAGAAACUCCCCAAACACCGAGACUACAAAUCAGCUAUCAUUCCUGAAAAGAAAGACACAGUCAAGAAAUUAAAAAACGUUGCUUUCCCUAAAGCUGAGGAACUCAAGACUGAACUGUUGAAAAGAUACACCAAAGAAUAUGAGCAGUAUAUAGCAGAUAAGAAGAAAGAAGAGGAGGAACUUGCCCGGAACAUUGCCAUCCAGCAAGAGCUGGAAAAAGAAAGACAGAGAGUUGCUCAACAGAAGAAGCAACAGUUAGAGCAGGAGCAGUUCCAUGCCUUUGAGGAGAUGAUCCAGAAGCAGGAACUGGAAAAAGAACGGCUAAAAAUUGUCCAAGAGUUUGGGAAGGUGGACCCUGGCCCAGGUGGGCCACUGGUACCUGACUUGGAAAAGCCUUGUGUAGAUGUGGUUCCCACCUCACCUUUCCAAUCCACACAGACUUCAGACCGUAACACAACUAUAAGGUCAGCUAAGCCACCCGUGGUGGACAGGUCCCUGAAACCUGGAGCACUGAGCAUCAUAGAAAAUGUUCCCACCAUUGAAGGCCUGCGCCACAUUGUGGUGCCCCGCAAUCUUUGCUCGGAGUUUCUCCAGCUGGCCAGUGCCAAUACUGCCAGAGGCAUUGAAACUUGUGGAGUCCUCUGUGGAAAAUUGAUGAGAAAUGAAUUUACGAUCACACAUGUUCUCAUCCCCAGACAAAAUGGUGGGCCCGAUUAUUGCCACACAGAGAAUGAAGAAGAAAUUUUCUUCAUGCAAGAUGAUCUUGGACUCCUCACUCUUGGUUGGAUUCAUACUCACCCAACCCAGACAGCCUUUCUGUCCAGUGUGGAUCUACAUACCCACUGCUCCUAUCAAAUGAUGUUACCGGAGUCCAUAGCCAUUGUCUGCUCCCCUAAGUUCCAGGAAACUGGAUUCUUUAAGUUAACUGACUAUGGCCUCCAGGAGAUUUCAUCCUGCCGUCAGAAAGGCUUUCAUCCUCAUGGCAGAGACCCACCUCUGUUCUGUGACUGCAGCCAUGUAACUGUCAAGGACAGAAUUGUGACCAUUACAGACCUUCGAUAGAUCUUACUCCUGGUCCAGUGAGAUGGCUCAUUGGGAAAAGGCACUUGCCACCAAACCUGACAACUCAAAUCUGAUCCCUAAGAUCUAGGACCUGUAACGGUGGAAGGAGAGAACCAGCUCCUUCAAGUUGUCCUCUGACUGCUGCUUGUGUGCUGUGAUAUGUGCACACACAACACACACACACACACACAAAAUGUAAUUUUUAAAAAAGAAUUUCACCCCUCUCCUGAGCUACACACCGUAAUCAGUUUACUAUUCUCCAUGAAUUUAGGCUUUUUAAGACAAAACAAGAAAGGGUCAAUACAAGGGGGGAUGUUGUCUUUUUGUUUUGUUUUUUGAAAUUUCUGAUAUGAAAAUAAAUCACUGUAUUUUUUAAGACAAAUCUGAAAAAGAGUAUAUCAUACAAGGCAACUAACUCAAAAAUUAGGAUACGAGAGAGGACACCUCUCUACCCUGUCUAGAUUGAGCUGCUGACUUUUUACCCUCCUUGUAAUUUAUCUACCAGCUUAUUCAUAUCCACCCUUGGACUAAGUAAGACACCUAUGCAAAACUGAAAGCCCUUUUGAAACAACUGAAUUUUUCUUGUUUGUGUGUGGGGCACUAUUAGUGGAGCUUAUUGCGAGGAGGGAGUAUUCGAGGAACUUGAAACCCUUGUCAAUUCUUUUUGUUAAAACAUUAUUUAAUAAGUUAGGAUGUUAUUUUCCUCUGUAAUAAAACAAUUAACUUCCA